CAAUAAGUGAAGCGCAGCAGUGGCAUGCAGCCUGCAUGAGCAAGCUGUGAAGACAAACAUGGACCUAGUGAUUCGUCCAGACACCUUGAGGAUUGUGCUUGUUGGUGUAACUGGCGCCGGAAGAAGUUCAACAGGAAACACCAUCUGUGGGAGAAGGGUGUUUACAAGUAGAUGUAGUGAAAGAGACAUCUCGUUUGGUUGUUUAAAGGAAACCAUAGACUUUGAUGGCCAACUCCUGUCUAUCGUGGAUACACCAGGUUUGUUUCACCCGAAUAAAUCCAACGAGGAAGUGGAGAGAGAGAUCGCUAAAGGUUUAGCAUUAGCUGCUCCUGGUCCUCACGUGCUACUGGUGGUGCUACGACCAGGCAGAACCACAGAAAAAGAACAAAAUGGUUUCAGAAUUAUUCAGAGAAUGUUUCGAGAAUGGGCACCACGUUACACAAUGGCACUUUUCACACAUGGAGACGAGCUGAAACGUAGUAAGACCAUUGAGGAAUUCAUUGAUCGAAGUCCAGAUCUUCGAGCCUUCGUCCAUCAAUGUGGUGGAGGAUACCACGUCUUCAACAACAGAAGCGACAACCCCUCUCAGGUCAGAGAGCUGCUGGAGAAGAUCAACAGAAUGGUGCAGAGCAAUGGAGGAAGGUACUACAUCAAGGACUUGAAGCAAAGGGCCACUCUCGAGUAUCUGGACGGCUUUGCCACUGCGGUCGCUGUUGGAGCUGCUAUUGGCGCUAUCACUGGAGGUGCUAUCGGACGUGUUGCUGGAGGUAUCUCUGGAGCUGUGGCCGCUGCUGGCGGGGCUGCGGUGGGCUCUGCUGCUGGUGUCGCUGCCUCAGCUGAGGAGUAUGGGGCGGCUGCUGCUGCUGCUGCUGCUGUGACUGUGGCCGGGGCGGCGGCCGGAGCUGUUACUAUCGGAGCUGCCACUGGAGUUGUUGGAGCCACAGCUGCUGGAGCUUUUGCACUCUGCAUGCAAAGUGUGGGCGCUGCAGUUGGAGCUGUGGCUGCCAGCGGAGCUGCUGCGUCAGGCUUUGCUGCUGGAGACACUGCUGGAGUUGCGUUGGGAUGUGCUCUGAUUGUCGUUGCCGCCACAGGCCUUGCUGCCGCCGCAGGAGCUGUCGUCGCCGUCACAGCUGGAGCAGCUGUUGGCACUACCGUUGGAGUCGUUCUCGGAGACAUUGCCGGAGCUGUCAGCGCUGGGGCCGCUGCCGUCGCAGUCGCCGCUGGAGCUGCUUCUCUGGGGCUCGAUGCUCGAGCAUCCGCCGCCGCCAGAGUUAGGGGAUCUGCUGCGUUGGUCAUUACUGGAGCGGCGGCAGCCGGUGCUGCGGCUGGAGCUGCUGUGGCCGUACUUGGAGGACCAGGAGUGGCAGCAGGAGCAGUGCUGUGGCUGGCAUAUCGGGGAGGUAGAUGGUGAAAGGAGCAGUGCU